UUUUUAAAAAAAAAAAAACUGCAUGCAUUUAUCUCAUGAUCAGAGCUUAUAUUAGGAGUUAUUUAAAACACAUUGUCACUGUCUUUGUCACUGUCAAAAGACAUCCAUAUGGAGAACCUGGGGGAAAGAAAAGGGAAACUUACUCUGCUGUUGGCUUUUGCCACCCUGAUCUCUGCAUUUGGCUCGUCUUUUCAGUAUGGCUACAAUGUAGCUGUUAUCAACUCUCCAGCCCGGGACAUGCAGAUGUUCUACACCAAUGUGUCCGAGAGUCGCAACAGCACAGUCACCGAAAGUCUGUUAACUCUGCUGUGGUCUCUGACUGUGUCUGUGUAUCCACUGGGGGGGUUCUUCGGCUCUCUCAUGGUGGCACCACUGGUCAAUAAUUUAGGAAGGAAAGGGACCUUGCUGUUCAACAACAUCUUCUCAAUCGUUCCUGCUAUAAUGAUGGGUGUGAGUGAGGUGCUAGGCUCUUUUGAGAUCAUUAUCGUGGGCCGCUUCUUAGUGGGCAUCUGUGCUGGCCUUUCAUCCAAUGUGGUGCCAAUGUAUUUGGGAGAACUGGCCCCAAGGAACCUGAGAGGAGCUAUCGGGAUCGUGCCUCAGCUUUUCAUUACUGUAGGCAUCCUCACUGCCCAGGUGUUUGGUAUCCGAAAUAUUCUUGGCAACGCUGAAGGCUGGCCUAUCAUGCUGGGUCUCACUGGCAUUCCUGCCCUCAUUGAGCUGCUUCUGUUGCCCUUCUUCCCUGAGAGUCCCCGCUACAUGCUCAUUCAGAGGGGUGAUGACAAUAAUGCCAGGACUGCACUGCAGCGUCUGAGAGGAUGGAAGGAUGUAGAAGAGGAGAUGACAGAGAUGCGACUUGAAGAGCAGUCAGAAAGAGCUGAGGGCCAGCUUUCUGUGUUCAAGCUCUUCACCUUCCGCUCUCUGCGCUGGCAGCUGUUGUCCAUAAUCUUCAUGAACAUGGGCCAGCAGUUGUCAGGAGUGAACGCUAUUUAUUACUAUGCGGACAGCAUCUUUUCUUCAGCCGGAGUGAAAGAGAACGACAUUCAGUAUGUGACUGUUGGAACAGGGGCUGUGAAUGUCUUCAUGAGCAUUGUUGCAGUGUUUAUAGUGGAAGCCGCUGGCAGGAAGCUGCUUCUUCUGAUUGGGUUCGGGAUCUGCUGUGUAGCCUGUGUGGUCCUCACUGUAGCUCUCAGUCUGCAGGAGAGCCUGCACUGGAUGCCCUAUGUCAGCAUCGCCUGUGUCAUCAUUUAUGUCAUUGGCCACGCCAUAGGCCCAAGUCCAAUUCCUACCGUGAUUACAACUGAGAUUUUCCGCCAGUCCUCAAGACCUGCAGCUUUUAUGGUGGCAGGCUCUGUGCACUGGCUUUCAAACUUCACCGUAGGCCUGGUGUUCCCCUUUCUAGAGAAAGGCCUGGGGGACUACAGCUUCCUCAUCUUUGCUUCCAUCUGCCUUGCCACGUUCAUCUACAUUUGGGUGGUCAUCCCAGAAACCAAGGGUUCCACCUUCUUGGAGAUCAGCAAGCUGUUUGCUAAGAGGAACAAAGUGGAGAUCGCGAUGGAGGGUGAAGAUUGUAAUAUGCAAGAGGCUGCCAUGACAUCCUUUGAAAAGAAUGCAAUUACAACCUUCUAAACACAG